UGCCUAAUUAUUCCUCGAGUGCGUGCGCGGAACGGAAACGGAUCCCGCCGGCUCCUUCCUUUCGUGUUGCUGCUGCCUCUCCGUCACUUCCAAAGACACAGAAACCCGACCCUGAGGAGGGGGAAAAUUGGAAACCCUCGAGGCCUAAAUUGCAGCGGAUUUGCGGAGGCGGGGACGGGAGACACAGAAUUGGGGCGCGGAUCCGUCGGGUAGGAGCGGCGGGGGCGAGAUCUAUGCGCGGAGCCGGAGGGGGAGGAGGAGUGGGCUGAGCAGGGGAGCGGGUGUGACAAUGGAGGAGGCGGAGGAGACGUCGUUCUCGGUGGUCGUGGUGCUGGUGGCGCUCGCGGUGGUGCCAGUUCUGGUGCUGGUGGUGCGGAGCCGGUGGCGGCGCGCCGCGGCGCGGAGGGAGGAGGUGUGGCGCCUCUCGCGGCUGGCCGCGGAGGAGUCUGAGCUGGCGGAGCGGGAGUCGGUGAUCGCGUACUACUCGGAGCUGUUCCCAGGCGUGGUGCAGGCCGCGGAGGUGCCCCCGGCGCCGGUGUGGGCGCUGCCGCCGGUGGCGGUGGCUCCUGGUCCGGCGCAGGAAGAGGUGGAGGUGCAGCCGCAGCCGCUGGUGGGGGCCAAGGGGGUCUGCGCGGUGUGCUUCAGGCCGACCACGUUCAGAUGCAAGCAGUGCAAGGCAGUCAAGUACUGUUCCUUCAAAUGCCAGAUAGCCCACUGGAGACAAGGCCACAAAGAUGAAUGCCAUCCACCAAGUGUUAAUACUAGGCCUGAUGAUGAAGGAAAAGUUGAACAGGGAAGAGCUUCUGAAGAAAAUGUAUUAGUUGGUGUAAAAUCGGUUGCUGUUGGAUCUGAAACUUCUGAUGCAAACCGUGACUUGAAGAGUUUAAAUGGUAAAAGUAAACAUCUGCCUUUAGAAGAGGUAUGUGCCAGCGCAAAGGUUGCUGGAGAUCAUCAUUCCAACAGCACGGGCAAAAUUUCUCAAAAUGCUCCACUAUCUGUUGACAGUAGUAAGAUGCGAUCAAACAUCAAACAUGCAGAUUUUGUUGAAAAGGUUUCUUCCACUAAGGACUUAGAUGAGGCGUUGCCAUGUAAGUCUGAAGCUUCUGCAGCGGAGAUAAUUGCUCAUAACAGUUCUGUUAAUGAAGAAUCCUCUGAUCGUUCCAAGGAACACUAUACAGCUCAGACAAGUAAUAGAGAAUUUGAAGAUAAUAGCAAUCCUCAAGCUGCUGCAUCUGUUGUACUGGAACCCAAAAGUUCUAGGACUCCUAUUCGUGUGGAAGUUCAGACGUCUGAAACAAAACCUGUUGGUAAUGACAACAUUCAGAGCGCAAAACCUGCUUUGACGGUUGAUAAAGUUUCUUCUGUUCGUGGGAGAUGUUCUGUGACACCUAAUCCAUUGAAAAAGGCUGAUGAUCUUUCUGAUAGAAUAUUUAAAUCAUCAGAGAGAUCAGGUUCAACAGCAAAUAACCUUGCAACAUCUUUGAAGAAAAUUGUCAGGCAGCAAACAGCACCAAAAGUUGUGAGGCAUUAUCCAUCAGAAUUGACACUCUUUCCAUAUGAACUUUUCGUGAAGCUCUACGACAAGGUUGAGUUGCACCCUUUUGGUCUUCAUAACCUUGGCAACAGCUGCUAUGCAAAUACUGUUCUUCAGUGCUUGAUGUUUACUCGACCACUUACAACAUAUCUUUUGGAAGGGCUUCAUUCAAAAAAUUGUUCCAAAAAGGAAUGGUGCUUCAUGUGUGAAUUUGAAAAACUCAUUGUGGAGGGCAAACAGAACAAGACUGCUUUGUCGCCAACUGGAAUACUCUCUCAUUUGCACGACAUUGGCAGUAGCUUUGGUCCUGGUAAACAAGAAGAUGCUCAUGAAUUUCUUAGGUAUGCCAUUGAUGCUAUGCAAUCUGUGUGCAUUAAGGAAGCUAGAAAAGGAGGUGCUCAUCGGUCAGCGGACGAAACAACACUCGUGCAAUUAAUAUUUGGGGGCUAUCUGCGAUCUAAGAUAAAAUGCACUAGGUGCCGUGGUAUUUCUGAGCAAUGUGAGCGUAUGCUGGAUCUCACUGUUGAAAUAGAUGGUGACAUCAAUUCACUUGAAGAAGCACUUGAGCGGUUUACAUCCACUGAAGUCUUGGAUGGAGAAAAUAGAUAUCAAUGUAUCAGAUGCAAAUCCUAUGAGCGUGCUAAAAAGAAGUUGACAAUAUCAGAAGCGCCGAAUGUACUGACGAUUGCAUUAAAAAGAUAUCAGUCUGGCAAGUUUGGGAAGAUCAGCAAAGCCAUCAGAUUUCCAGAGACCCUGAACUUGAAUCGCCACAUGAGCGCAACUGAUGACUAUUCCCCUGUGUACAGCCUUUAUGCAGUGGUUGUUCAUCAUGAUGUCUUGAAUGCUGCCUUUUCUGGUCAUUAUGUAUGUUAUGUUAAGGACACACAAGGAAAGUGGUACAAGAUAGAUGACAGUCAGGUCAAAUCUGUAUCUCUGGAAAAUGUCAUGUCAAAGUGUGCAUACAUGCUGCUGUAUGCAAGGUGUUCACCGAGGGCACCAAGCUCUGUGAGGCAAGCGAUGAAUGGUCAAGACCCAUCACGUGUGAAGAAGGCCAGGCAGAAGGUAAUUCCAGGGGAGACAACAUUGCGACGAGGUUCCUUCAACAGACACCAAGGUGGCCAGCUGCAUACAGAUCGUAUCGCAGAUGACCAUACCCAUACAUUCGACGAAUAUGGAGAUACACCAUAUCCACCAGCAGAAUCUCCAAGUCCAAGCGAGAGUUCAUCGCUUUUCAGCAAUUCUGAUGCAGUGUCGCACAGCACCGAUAGCAGUGACAGCACAAGGAAUUCAACCAGUACUGAGGAGUAUGAAUACAUAUUUGGAGCCUCAGAUAAAAUGUAUCCAGGAGGCCCCAUGGUAGCAUCUGUGGAUAACGACUAUACGACAUAUUCCCGUUCAAGGUCCGGCUUGAAUACCAGCUCAUCAGGUCGGGAGGUGGAUCUGGCAGGCAAUGCCGAGAGGUUUGUUGAUCACAAGCUUCAGGGCACCAGAGGGGGUUGGGUCGAGGGCGAUGACCGCCCAUCCAUAUUGUAUACUGACAGAAGUAAACAACACUUCAGCAGCAAGUUAACAGACCGAUAUAGGCAGUUAGAUAGGACUGGACAUGACCCUGGAGAAACCAGGGGUAGUGUUUUAUUGAGAAGACCGGCUAGGUAAAGCACUGCCCAACCAUUUUAUUGAUAUGGAGAGUUUGGGUUGUAGAGGAAUAAUGGUGUAGCCUGUAAUUUUAUCUCGUUGCAAUGUGAAAAUGAAAUGUGGUAGUUGAUAAAAAUGAAAGGAAUUUCUGUCGUGCGUCCUUCUGAAAUCCUUUGAAGCAUUCAACUUGGUGCCUCAAGGUUGGCGCGACGAGUUGCAAGGUUGCAUCGUUGGUCAAAACCAAAGG